AUGACUUCUUCAACUUUCUUUGAUGAUGAGAUACUAAGAAUUGGAAAUAUUAUUUCUGCGUCAUUAUCUUUACUGUCAGCAUUAAAUUUCUUAAUCUUUUAGAAAAAAAAGGAAAUAUUUAGCAGAUUGGUUUUCUUCCUUCAGUUUUUCUCAAUGGUGCAAAACUUAUCUUAUCUGUCGUUAAAUGAAAAUAUAUUUAAUAUUCCUCCCUCAGUUGCGAUAUUUGCAAACUUGUUAGCUACUUACUCAUUGCUCUUUACAACAAUAUGUAUUAUUCUGAUUUAUAUCUCAGGAAUACAAUAUAUUUUUGAUUCUGGCUCAUCAAUUCGCUCUUAAAAACGUAUAGAGAAAGCAUUUCUACUUUUUAUAUGUUUAAGUAUCCUGAUAGCUCUUUAUCCAAUUUUUGAGUAAUAAGCAGAAUCGAGUGACUUCAUUUAUUAAAAGAAUAAUAAUACAUUUAUUUUACUAGUCAUAUUCCCAUCUAUCUUAUUAUUUUUUUCCCUUUUACUGAUGUUAAGAGCUCGCUAAAAGCGAUUAACCUAUAACAAAGAAAUGAGAUCUCUGCUAAUAAAUAAUAAUAUGCUCACAGAACCUAAAAUUAUUAUGGCAUUUACUAUAUAUAACAUCGCCUAGUUAACUUACACAUUUUCAGAUAAAAAUAGAGAUAUUUCAAUUGAUUCUUAACUGUUAAUACCAUAUUCUUUUUGCGGUUUUAUAAUUUCUUUCCACUACAUAUUUUAUUCUGGACUGUAUAAGUCUUCAAUAAUCGAUAAAAUUAAAUCUACAUUUAGUGAUGAUAGCUUUAAUGAUGAUAGAAGUUUAGUUGGAGAUCCACAUGCUGAAACAAUGAGCAAUGAAUUCGAUAAAAAAUGA